GUAACCAGUGGGUGAAAGACCUCAAAUUCCUGCGGACUGACUGUGUGAAAGAGUAUCUGACGAUGGCCCCGUGGCUGCUGCUGGUGUUCAAGCAGACUUACGGGAUGCUUCCAGACGGCCGCAAGAGGAACCACUAUUACCAUGAGAUCUCGACUGCUAUUGCCGGUGGCAUACUCUUGUGUGCCAUUCAGACUGCAGGACUGGCGACAUUAACUUCGACUCCUCUCAACUGUGGUCCGGCCAUCAGGGGCAUUCUUCAGCGACCUCCCAACGAGAAGCUGCUACUUUUGAUGCCCGUGGGAUACCCAGCUCCUGACGCCACCGUCCCUGACCUCACCCGCAAACCUCUAGAAGAGCUCAUGGUCACAGUGUAGGAAUGUCUCACUGUGGUGGUGCAUUACUGCGACUAUGCGACUUGGGCUGGUGGGGGAUUUGGACCUGCCUGGCAAGGGCCUGUAGGCCUGCUGCAGUGUUCCUUAUUUCAUUCUUCUUAUGACUACUGGUUCUGUGGUUGUGACCGUGUUGAGCGGUAAUGCGUAUGAUAUAAAGAACAAAACGGCACAAUACCGUGACUGGAACAAUAUACAAAUAACCCGCACGGAAGAAAGAGAAAAGCUUAUGACAGCGUUUGGGUCCGUCUUGGACUCAUGAACGGUCCAAGACGGACCUAAACGUAGUCAUAAUCUAUGUGCGGGUUAUUUACGAUACUGCCAUACACAGAGUGCGUGUGUACAUCAGAUGGCAGACUGAAGCAAAAAGGGUCUCGGUAACGCUCAUUUUAUUCAAUGUUAUUUUGUGUAGCAUCAACCUUUUAUCUCAACUUUUUUUUUACCGGUAAAUAUACGAGUAGAUAACUUUUAAAACUGAUGUAUCACACUGUAACCUUUGCACAGGAAUAAAUUUUCUUUGUAUACAUUGUCA